ACAGGCAGCUGCAAAAUAUCAUCCCCGAACAGUGAACAGAUUGCCCUCACUCCCAGCCACCCACUUCUCCCCGGCAUCGAAAAUAAUAUUCCCCGGCGAGCGAGUGCCGAGAGCAUGAGCACCUUGCCACCGCCGCCGGCCAUGGAGGACUGGCUCUUCUACACCCUGACGGCGCUCCUCUGCCUGCUCUGCUCGGUCCUGCUGCGCGCGCGCGCCCGCAGCUCGUCCGGGGCCAAGGGCCACGCUGCCGGCGACGAGCUCCCGCCUCUCCCGCCGGGGCCAUCGCCGCUGCCUGUGCUGGGCCCGCUGCUCUUCCUGGCGCGCCGCGACUUCGAUUUCGAGCCCGUGCUCCGCCGCAUCGCGUGGGAGCACGGCCCGGUCUUCACCUACGCGCCGCUGGGCAGGGCGCUGCCCGGCAUCUUCGUCGCCUCCCGCGGCGCCGCGCACCGCGCGCUCGUGCAGCGCGGCGCGGCGUUCGCGUCCCGCCCGCCGGUGACGGCCUCGAGCGCCGUGCUCACAAGCGGCGGCCGCAACAUCAGCUCGGCGCCCUACGGCGCCACGUGGCGCGCGCUGCGGCGGAACCUGGCGGCCGGCGUGCUCAAUCCGGCGCGGCUCCGGGCGUUCUCGCCCGCGAGGCGCUGGGUGCUCGGCGUCCUCGCCUCCCGCGUCCGCGCCGGCGCUGGCGCCGCCGGGGAGCGUCCCGUCGCCGUGAUGGAGCCGUUCCAGUACGCCAUGUUCUGCCUGCUCGUGUACAUGUGCUUUGGCGACCGCGUCGAGGAUGCGCGCGUGCGGGACAUUGAGGCCACGCAGAGGGAGCUCCUCGGCAGCUUCCUCAGCUUCCAGGUCUUCUCCUUCCUCCCGGCGCUCACCAAGGUCGUGUUCCGGCGGCGGUGGGAGAAGCUUCUCUCGCUGCGGCGGCGGCAGGAGGAGCUCUUCCUCCCGCUGGUUCAGGCGAGGAGGGACGUCGGCGCCGACGGGGACUGCUACGUGGACUCCAUGCUGAAGCUGGCCAUCCCCGAGGACGGCGGUAGGGUUCUCAACGACGGCGAGAUCGUCAGCCUGUGCUCCGAGUUCCUCGGCGCCGGCACUGACACCACGGCCACCGCGCUGCAGUGGAUCCUGGCGAACCUGGUCAAGUACCCAGCGAUGCAGGACAGGCUGCGGGACGAGGUGGCCGGCGUCGUUGGCGCUGCCGACGGCGAGGUGCGGGAGGAGGACCUGCAGGCGAUGCCGUACCUGAAGGCCGUGGUGCUGGAGGGGCUCCGGCGCCACCCGCCGGGCCACUACCUGCUCCCGCACGCCGUGCACGAGGACACGACGCUGGACGGGUACCGCGUGCCCGCCGGCGCGCCGAUCAACUUCGCGGUGGUCGACAUGGGUCUUGACGUGGAGGUGUGGGACGCGCCCUCGGAGUUCCGGCCGGAGCGGUUCCUUCCCGGCGGUGAAGGGGAGGACGUGGACCUCACAGGGAGCAAGGAGAUCAAGAUGAUGCCGUUCGGCGCCGGGCGGAGGGUCUGCCCCGGCAUGGCGCUGGCGCUGCUGCACCUCGAGUACUUCGUGGCCAACCUCGUGAGGGAGUUCGAGUGGCGCGAGGCCGACGGCGAGGAGGUGGACCUCACCGAGAAGCUUGAGUUCACCGUCGUCAUGAAGCGGCCGCUCAAGGCCAGAGCCGUGCCGCUGCGGUCGCCGCCACCCGCCCUCGCCGCUGCUUGAUCGAUUGUUCAUUUCAAUUCUCUCUAGCUAGCAUGGCAAUGGAUUGGCAAUGAAUUGGCAACAGAUGGAGUCUGCUUCUGGUUGCUGAUUGCUCUAGCUAUGCAUGCCAUGGAAUUAUAUGGUACUACCAAAGACAAUUAGGUUCAUAAAUUUCUCAUGUUCUUUUGGGAACAUAGGUACAAGCAGUAAGGUAAUGCUGCACUAGUAGUGUGCGUGUAUUUGUAUGUACAAUAAGGCUCCAGUUAGUAAAUAUUUGCUUCACUGAAUGUCUGAAUUCCAAAUGAAAAGUUUCUAGUGUUGUCCACGAA